GAGCAGUCAACAUCACUUCCGGGAGCAGCCAAGAGCUAUGACCGCCAACGCGGAGCCGAGGCGGCGCCCCGGAGUUGGGGUUGGCGUGGUGGUGGUGAGCUGCGAGCAUCCCCGCUGCGUCCUUCUGGGGAAGAGAAAAGGGUCGUUUGGAGCCGGCAGCUUCCAGCUUCCUGGGGGCCAUUUGGAAUUCGGUGAGACCUGGGAAGAGUGCGCUCAGAGGGAAACCUGGGAAGAGGCUGCACUACGUCUGAAAAACGUGCGCUUUGCAUCCGUGGUAAAUUCUUUUGUUGAGAGAGAGAAUUACCAUUAUGUCACCAUACUGAUGAGAGGAGAAGUGGACAUGGCCCACCAUUCAGAGCCAAAGAAUAUGGAACCUGAGAAAAAUGAAAGUUGGGAGUGGGUUCCUUGGGAAGAAUUCCCUCCGUCGGACCAGCUUUUCUGGGCUCUCCGUUGUUUAAAAGAGCAAGGCUAUGAUCCAUUUAGAGAGGACCUCAACCACCUGGAAGGGUACAGAGGAGAGCACCUCCAAGGACCCAAGGAGAUUCCUUGAUGAAAAAACUUAGUAAAUGAAACAUUCAGUGUUUGAAGACAACUUUGUUUUACCUACAAAGCCACGUGGUCAUGUUUGUUUACAGUCUCCUAAAGUAACUCGAACCCUUAAGGAAAUCUUGCUGAGGCGUGCCACUGUGGAGAUGGAUAAGGAACUUGUGGCUGUCUGUACUGCUGUAAGUUACCAUUCUGUACUGCUGUUAAGUUACCAUUGUGGGCUGCAUGGGGGCGAGUGUCAGUGUUUGUCUUACUGUUCUGAUUCAAAUAGAGGUCGGAACUCAUUCAAGUCCAGAAGCAAUUUGCCCACUGCAAAAUUCAUCAUGCUUGUUUUCUUUUUACUUAAAUGGGAUUUUUAAAAUGAUUGUGUAACUAGAGUUCAUGACAUGUGGUAAGCUGUACUUCCCCGGUUUCUAACAGGGAAUCUGUGCUAAACGUGAGACAGACUAAGCUUGGAUCCUACCAUUAAAGGCCAUCAUCUACAUUUCCCUUUCUCUGCCUUAGAUCUUGCAUGCAUUCUUGUAUGUUGGGAUUACAUGGAACAGUACACUGGGUCUCCUAGUGUGGGGAAUCUCCUGGGGUCCUCAAGAACUUUGCAAGACAACAAGGCCAAAGGUUGGUUGCUCUCCCCCAAUUCUUCUAUUCCAAAACCUUCCAUAAAGUGUAUUGUGUGUCUGUGUAGUAUGGGAUUAUAAUAAAUGUUUUCAAUUACUAA